CUCGGAGGACGGUAUUAAAAGCCGGACGCUUCCGGUGCAGGGGAGCUGUGGCGGGGCUUGCUGGGAUCAUGGCGGAGAAUCAUUGCGAGCUCCUGCCGCCGGCUCGGGGCGGCCUCGGGGCGGGGCUGGGGGGCGGCCUGUGCCGCCGCUGCAGCGCGGGGCUAGGCGCCCUGGCCCAGCGACCCGGCAGCGUGUCCAAGUGGGUCCGGCUCAACGUCGGCGGCACCUACUUCCUCACCACUCGGCAGACGCUGUGUCGGGACCCGAAAUCCUUCCUGUACCGCUUGUGCCAGGCCGACCCCGACUUGGACUCGGACAAGGAUGAAACCGGUGCCUAUUUAAUCGACAGAGACCCCACCUAUUUUGGGCCUGUGCUGAACUACCUGAGACAUGGCAAGCUGGUGAUUAACAAAGACCUUGCAGAGGAAGGAGUGUUGGAGGAAGCAGAAUUUUAUAAUAUCACCUCAUUAAUAAAACUUGUAAAGGACAAAAUUAGAGAACGAGACAGCAAAACGUCACAGGUGCCCGUGAAGCAUGUGUACCGCGUGCUUCAGUGCCAGGAGGAGGAGCUCACGCAGAUGGUGUCCACCAUGUCCGACGGCUGGAAGUUUGAACAGCUGGUCAGCAUCGGCUCCUCUUACAACUAUGGAAACGAAGACCAAGCCGAAUUCCUCUGUGUGGUGUCCAAGGAGCUGCACAACACCCCGUACGGUACGGCCAGCGAGCCCAGUGAGAAGGCCAAGAUUUUGCAAGAACGAGGUUCAAGAAUGUGAGGGACACAGUAUUGACAGCUGAAGAAAUGAUUUACUUUUUCCCAAGAAGCAAUGAACCGCCAUGUCCAGGAAGCUUGGCUGUGAGAAGAAACCUGCUUUUGAUCAUUUUUCUAGAGAUCUGGGUGUGAAUCCUUUUUUGCCUCUGAGGUGGGUGGUGAGAGACGGCCCAGCUGUCCGAAGCCAGACGUCCCCAAGUUAGGGGAGCGCAGCGGCUGGGUGGGCGCUGCCUCUGGUGGGGGCCUCGCUCUGUUUUUUCCAAGUGCCACGUGCGACUGAGGCAGACGCUCCCAGUCAGGUCAGCCUGCUCGAUCCUGAAGAUCGUGUGAAGGAAGCGUUCUUGGUGCUACACACACAGUCUGGAAAAGCAGCCUGGGCUUCACUGGCAGGCGGCGGCCGCAGCCUAGUCAGUGUCCAGCGCGUCGUGGCCUCCGGUCCGGCCGCCAGGCCCUAGUCUCAGUCAGGGAGUGUGCUCUGCCUCCCGGGCGGGACCGCUGGUUUCUCUCAACCUCGCAGAGCUCCUGACAAAGGCGGCGGCUUCGUCGUCACUGCUUCCCAGCACCGUUCCGAGGCCGGGCCUCCUUCCGACACAGGCUCCAGCCCUGCCUGACCAAGCCCGGGACAGUCAAGGCUUCUCGAUUUGUAUUUUCCAGGCGAGAGAACUUUGUGCCCCUUUUCCGUGUGGAUAGACUCCCCAGUGUUUCUACUCUGGAAACGCCCGCAGGGUUUGCUGCGCGGAGAUGGAUCUGUUCUACCCGUUAGCGUGAGGCGGCCGUGUCGCCUCAGCCUCCCACUGCAGGCCCGCGGGGAGCUGGUGCCCGUCAGUGCCUUGUAGCGCCUGGCAUAGAGGUUGGGCUGGAGGCCUGUGUGCUGGCUUCUGGAGCUGAAGGUCUGGGUCACGGUGAAAACCCGGGAUGUUUACAGAGCAUCACAAAUGCCUCUCCCUCGCCGCUCUCUCGUUUUCUUUGUAUAACUAUGCAGCCUUCCCUCUCUUUCUGGGACGUUUGGGACUUCACUCGACCUGCACGGGCUCUGCCCACCAUGACUUGGGAGCUGCUGGGAUUCCUUUAGAAACUGCUGCCCGCAUGCUUUGAAAACAGACCUCUCUCAGCUGGCUGUAGGGACCUGUCAGAGUCUGGGGACCUGGCGUGCAGGACCAGCUCCAAGCGCUUUGCUUCUGGAACUCUGGCUUCCCAAGGGGCGCUGUGCAGAGUGACUGCCAGCUGCCUGCGUGCAGGUCAGAGGCGCUGACGCUGUGCAGUGUCCAGUGCUUCCGGACACUUCCUGCCUAGGCUUCAUCCUCUUUGCCAGUCACCUGAUUAACCAGUUCUCCAGCAUUAGGACUUACCUCCUCCUUUUUGUAAGGUCUCUUGUAUGUUGUUAAAUGUUUGGCUUAAACGAUUUAUAAAAGCCUUUCUAGAGGGCAGACUUAGCCACAGCCGACUCUGUCCUCCCCAGCAGAGCCCGGGGUAGGCGGCCACUGGGGAUCCUGGGCGUCCCCUCUGGGGAGCCGCUGGCUGCUUAGCGCUGUUUGAUUUUUGACCUUGACAUAGUAGAUAGGCUUGUGGUUUUUUUUUUAAUUUAAAGAUAUUAAGACUUAAUUCACUAAAAUUUAUUCUAAGGGGAUAUUUAUACUUUUAUACUUUUUUAGGUAUUGUAUUUUAUCAGCUUACAGUUUAAUGCCUAAGUUUCCCCUGGAAAUAGCAAAUAAAAUUGUGUAUUUAUGAA